CGCUGAGGGCCGCGCCGGGCCGCGCCGGGGGGGAGCGGGCGCGGGGCCGCGGCGCGGGCGGGGCGGGGGAGGCCCCGCAGCCGGCGCUCCGGCAGGUGGCACUGGCCGCCUCCCCCGCGCCCCCCCGAGCCGCGCCGCCGCGCUCAGUCCGCCGGCGCCGAUGCUGCUGAGCGGAGCGGCCGGCUCGGAGCGCGGCGGCUGCAGCGGCGGGGCGGGGGCCGGCGGGGCCCCGCAGUGCGUGGGCACCAUGGCCCGCUGGCUCCGCGAACACCUGGGCUUCCGCAGCGCCCGGCCCGCGCCGCCCGCGCCGCCCAAGCCCGACUACCGCGCCGGGCCGCCGCCUCAGCCGCCCCUGCCGCCCGGGGGCGCGGCCGAGCCGCUGGCCGCCGCCCAGCCCGACAUCGUGGCGGCCUACCGGCUGCAGAAGGAGCGCGACUUCGAGGACCCCUACAGCGGCCCGCCGCCCGCCGCCGCCCCCGACGGGCCCCGCUACGUCUCGCCCAAGCACCGGCUCAUCAAGGUGGAGGCGGUGGAGAAGGUGCCCGCCAGCCCCCCGCCGCCGCCGCCGGUGCCGGCCCCCCCCAGCUCGCCCCCGGCCGGCCCCGAGCCGCCCGACGAGCCGCCGCAGGAGCUGGCUGUCCUGGAGGACUACGCAGAUCCCUUUGAUGCGGCACAGGUGGCAGGUAGCCAGGCAGGGCUGGAGAAGGUGAUGGAGAAUGAUGGAUAUAUGGAGCCAUAUGAAGCCCAAAAGAUGAUGGCUGAGAUCCGCCAGAAGGGCUUACGGGAGGCUCCCGCCCGGCCGCUGCCCCUCUACGACACCCCCUACGAGCCCGUGCUGGACAUGGACAGCGAGUGCCCAGCCUGCCCCAGGCCCAGGGAGUCCCGGCUGCCCGAGGACGAUGAGCGGCCCCCAGAGGAGUAUGACCAGCCCUGGGAGUGGAAGAAGGAGCGGAUCUCCAAAGCCUUUGCAGUUGAAAUCAAGGUCAUUAAAGACCUGCCAUGGCCCCCGCCGGUGGGACAGCUGGACAGCAGUGAAAGCCCCCUGGAUGGGGAGGCUGGUGCCCCCAUCCCUCCGCAGCACGGCUACGAAGACGCCAAUGGUCCAGCAGAGGCGCUGGGGUACGGCCGCACCUCGCCCUGCAGGGAGGACAAGGCCAGGGCUGUCCUCAGGCAUGGCUCCAGCAGCCUCAAGAGCACAAAGACCCUGAGCGCUGAGCCUGGGCCCUUUGUCGGGGAGAGGAUCGACCCUGCCCUGCCCCUGGAGAGCCAGUGCUGGUACCACGGGGCCAUCAGCCGGACGGACGCGGAGACGCUGCUGCGGCUGUGCAAGGAGGCCAGCUACCUAGUGCGCAACAGCGAGACCAGCAAGAACGACUUCUCCCUCUCCCUGAAGAGCAGCCAGGGCUUCAUGCACAUGAAACUGUCGCGGACGCAGGAGAACAAGUACGUGCUGGGCCAGCACAGCCCGCCCUUCGACAGCGUGCCGGAGAUCAUCCAUCACUACGCCAGCCGCAAGCUGCCCAUCAAGGGGGCCGAGCACAUGUCCUUGCUGUACCCGGUGGCUAUCCGUACCCUAUAGUCAUCACCCCCACGAGCCAGGCCCCAGGUUGGCUGCACCCAGAACUGGCCCGCCCGCAGGGCUGAGCGCCGCCGUGCCGGGGAUGGGCUCCAGACCGUCGGCCCGUGAGCAGCUCGCUGGGCACAGGCAGCGCUGUUGGGGAUUGCUGCAGCCAGGCCCCUCGUCCUGCUCUCCCAGGGGCUCCCGGGCACUGGUUUGUGUGCUGGCGUGGCACUGGAAGGACCCCCUGUGCGAGGAGCUGAGUGGGGCUGUCCACACCUCCACACCUGCCUCCUUGGCAGAGCUUGGGAUGCCAGGACUGGAGCUGGGACCUUGGGAGGGUCCAGGGAGGGGGGCAGUGUGUGCGAGUACGGGGAUAAAUCAUCCGGUAGCAGGCCUGAAGUACCUCCAUGAGGGUGCCUAGCUCUGCCCAUGAGAGACAAAACAGCUGUGCCCACAGCUAAGGAGGCUGGCAGGGGUGAGCAGGACCCGCCUGGGGCCAGCAGGGCAUGCAGGGUGCGAGGCAGGCUGCCCUCGCCUGCACCGGUGCUCAGUACUCACUGCCAUCCUUUGCCAAACGUAAAUAGUGACCGGCCUUGGCCAUGUGUGCAGCACCACUGCCUAAUAAAGCGGUGCAUGGUUGUCUCCUGCCUCAUGGGACUCUGUGCCCACACCCCACCACGAGUGGGGGAUCAGUGUAGCAAAACAGUGGAAAGGGAAAUUUUGUUAUACAAAAGCUUUAAGGGAAUUGAUUUUCCCUGCGCCGUUGCAUACACUGAGACUGGGGUGCCCUUCAGCCAGUGCACUCCUCCGAGACACUGGGGACAAAGAAUGCUGGUGGUCAUGUCCUUGCCAUGUCUUUGAGACCCUUUGUGGCAGUGGUAAGCUGAUUUUGGACUUGUCUGUUACUCCCUGUAGAAGAGGGUGCUCUUUGGGAUCUUUUGUCUUCUUGUUUUGCUUCACCCCUCUUGAAUCUUGGGCAAAAUCCCUGAAUUUCACAGAGCUCCUGAUCUCAGAGGAUUUACUGGCUCCAGUCCUGUUGUUUGUCUUCCUGACACCUUGUCUUUGGGCCAGCUUGCUCCUGUUUUUUGGUUUUUUUUUUGGCUGAAUCCCUCUCUGGUGCUCUGUGUUGUUUCAUACGUACCUUGCCUUUCAACUUUAUUUCUGGUGUUGCCCCUAUACCCAUGCACAUACAUUUCUUCUAUCCAUGCUUCAGCCUAAGCUCCAUCCUGCUGUUACUCCCCAGCAGCACACUCCCUUUCCCCUCUGCUCUCUGGGUGGGGACGACAGCAGCAAAUUCACUGCUGGACCAGCAAAACCUUUCCUGUUAGUGGAGCAAAGCCCUCGGGCAUUGGUGGGAUGAGUUAGCAGUGGCUUGAUGAAGGCUUUGUGGAAAAGCAUCAUCCUCCCCUCUGUCUGCUGCCAGGAAGAAGCUGUCCCUGCUGGUUGCUGGGGGGGCUGAGAUGAUUGAUGGGACUGUGGGGACUUCGUGUGGUGGGUGAGUGCUGCAGCCACUGCAGGAACCCUGCUCUGCCAUCCACGGGUUUGGGGCUUUUCAGACUCGAUCUCAGCUGAGAGAUGGCUGUCCUGGCUGCCCUGCAGUUCUGAGCUGCCGUGGGGGCCGUGGGGCAUGGCCAGUGUGGUCUGUGGGUGCACCCCGUGGCUGGGAGCCUGCAGAAGUGUGGUGAGUUGUUCCAGGAUGCCUCAGCCUCUGCCGCUCCUUAAAAGGCAGCGGAUUGAGCUGGUCGGUGUCUCCUUACAGCCCACUUGGCUGCUGGCAGCUCUGGCUGCCUCUCUCCAUCCCAGCGAGGCAUUUUGUCCAGUGGGGAUGGAGGGGACUCCAGCGGGAGGGCUUUUCUCCCAGAGCCUGCAGGAAGGACUGGAGAUACAGAAAUCUGCAGCAAUGCAAGCUGCACUUCUAAGUGCAAUCUGCACUUAGGAGGUUUUAAGUGCUGCUUAGCAGCCCUGCUGUUCCCUGAUGGCUCCAGAGAACAGCUCAUCAUGGGGGAUCCUCUACCUUCUUGGAGGCUGUGGGUGGGAAAGAGGCUUCUUGUGUCAGUGCAGUUCCCCACAGUGUGGGGCUGUUUUCUUGAGCAGCUUUGGCAGGGAGCAAACUGCCUGGAAGCCAGUGCUGGCUGUGCAGCCUUAUGGUGAAAUCCUGCUGAAGCAGGUAUUCCUGCUCCAUCUCAGGUGCUGAGCACAGGGAUGAGAGGAAUGAGACCUGUGUGCAUUGUACCAGCUCCCCAGAACCAGUCAGGGACCAGCAGGGCUGCCCUGCAGCUGGGCUGUGUGUCCAAGUGCUUCAGCAAAGUGGCUCUUGAUCGUUGCUGUGGGAAUUACAUCUCUCCUGAGCCCUUUCUUCUCCAGGCUAAAGAAGUGAGACUCCCUUGUUCUGCCCCCGACCAUCCUCAGAAGGACUCUGACUCUCUUCCUCUCUUCAUGUACUUGGAAACAGUAUCCAGGUGUGGUCUCACCAAUGCCAAAUAAAGGGAAAUAACCCCUUUGUCCUGACCACCAAAAA